UGUUACUGCCUCAGAGACGAUCAGCCGGUUACUAGCGCGAAAAAAAAAGAUAAUUAAUCCUCGCUGUUGAAGGCCAAACAAUCGAAUCAAAGCAACCGGAGUACAAAUUUCACACUCUUUCCUAUGCCGACGAGCGGCCAAUGCACGUGGAUCUCUACCAUGCAUGUAUGGUUGGUACCGACAACGGCAAGCGAACCGAAACCACAUACCCAAGCUUAAUAGCGCAAUGCAAAAGAAUUAGCAUUUCAAUCUACCUUCGACUUUUGCCGCGGCAAGACACUAACGCGAAAUAGCUUCUAGAGUUUUAUUUUUUUACUAACCGGCUUCUAGGGCAGUGCAAAUACAUCAGACUCCAGUCCAGUUCUCAUUUCUGAUCGUAAAGAUCUCAGUAGACAUAAAAAGAGCUCUUGUGUGAUUUGUGAAAUAACACAGUACCUGCUGAAAACCACCAUACCUACAUCUGACCGAGAUUUUAAUAGGCGAGUGUUCACUUACCUACUCGUUGUAUGUUAAUGCUACUAGUGAUUUUGAAAGUUUCAGUCUCGAAACAAUAUUUUCUUUCUUCCACUACUGCGUGAUCUCACCUACAAAAGUGAGAGGAAUUGUAAUAAAAAUUGAAGAGUAGUGAUACCUGGUAUAGUUCAGUGCUAACAACUAUCCAAUAAACAGAUCAAGGAUUUUGAGCAACAGUAACCGAGUCGUGAUUGAGGUAAAUCUCGUGAAUGAGCGCCCAAAUGGUAAAAACGGAAUAAUAAUACGGAACGUGUGAAUUAAAUGUACAGUAAUAGACAAAAAUGAGACUCGUGCCCUGUAAUCGAUUGGUGAUAGUGCUUCUUCUGUUGUCGAUUGUGCAUCAUGUGCGAUGCCGCAAUAACGACUUGAACGAGAGUAAAAGUGGAAAGCGUCGCAAUCCAAACAGGCAAAGAGCUAGCAAAUCCAACGCUAGGAUUAUCGAGAAAACCAUCAAUGCAUUUAACGUCACAGACGCAAACAACAAUACAUUAUCAGUCAUCAACAGUGUGGCCCAAAUUAAUAUAGAGGAAAUAAAACCGCCAAAAAUUCGAAUGAACAAGAAAGGGAAGGCGUCCCUGACAUGUCCACAAGAAAAGCAAGCGCCUUUCCAGCUCAUACCGACUCUUUGCAGACGAAACCGAGACUGUAAAAAAUCCGGCAAUAAUUUUAGAUGCUGCAAUCUUUUUGGGAGUAAGCGAUGCGUUCAGGGUAUUCCUAUACCUAUACCGGAGCCACCACAUGAUCCUAUAUUUGGAAUUCCAAGACGAUGCCCGAAGCAACCCUUGACUGAAACAUUUUGGGAGAUUAAAACAUGCGAAACUGACAAUGAUUGCUGGCCACGAGUGUGCUGCCCUGACGGUGACAAAAAAUACUGCCGAACAUCCCAGCCUGUAUUUGAAGAGUCUGAUAACCCCGCUGCCAGACAACUAGCUUAUCCCAUUGAAAGCGUAUCGCAGUAUCUACAGUGCACUCCUCCCCCACCUGUUAUAUUUGACAUUCAUCCUAAGCCCUGUAAUAGCACACUGGAUUGCUUUCCAAAUCUGUGUUGCCAAGAAACGGGCAAACGACACUGCAGACCUCCUAAACGCUCGCUUUUAGCUUUAGUGACUGGUAUAACUUCACGAUUUAAUAUUGGUGUAAUAAAAGAUAUUACGGACAAUCUUGUUAUCAAAAAAUGACACUAUCUUUUUUGUUUUAAUAAUAAACUGAUUGUAUGUAUAUAUAAUAUACCAUUUUGUUAUUUAUUAAUAUAUGCAAAAAAUCCAAUCAUCACAAAUACAUAUACAUAUUGCCGCGCUUAUCUUUUAUUAAAGGCCUGCGGCGGUCGUA